AUGGCUGAGUCAAGCCCGUUGGCUCAGUAUGCCUCAAGACUGAGCCAGAGCCCACGGACAGCGAGGGCAGGCAGCGAGUGUACUGCAACCUUCCCGAUGUAUGCAGUGCCGCUUGAGAUCUUUCUGCAGAUCGUGGUGAUCAAACCUUUUGAGGAGAUGACGAUGUCUGAGCCAAGG